AUGUCUCCAAUCACCGAAGAAUCUCUGAACUUCGUGAACCACAUGGAGAAUGUCCCAGCGCCGUAUCAUCAUGCCCAGAUGGCAUAUAGCAGAGAUGGUCUAUCCUGUGCAAUGAUAGCCUGGAUGCUAGACAUCGACACACGAGCAACAACAAAGAAGCGCGAGUUCCAACGCACAUAUCAAAAGCUCUGCCUACGCAUCAAACACCUGGAGGGCGAGUCUACCAUCCACCUUCCCAGAUGCACCUCAUACACCGCCGACGAAGUCGUCCGAAACAUCAAUCAAGCGAGACAAAACUUCAGAUCCCAAGUCGAGGCCAACUUUAUGGAUAAUGCGCCCUUCCCAAUCACGGCACCUAUUGAUCACGAGACCGAGCUAAAUAAUACGGUUCCCGAUGCGCAGACUUUUGAGCGUAAACUUCAUCAAUUCGAGAUGUUGCGGUAUAUGGAGAGGUUUGAUUUGGAGGCUUGGAAAGACGUUGAGGCUACGCCGAGGGGGAGUAAACUUAGUAUUAAGUCGAGGUCAUUUUGA